GGUCCGGGACGGGGGCCGUCACAGCCCGUGGCCGCAGUGCGCGGCCCUCGGUGACCUGGUCUGUACCGGCAGGCUGUGUGUGGGCGUCUCCGGGGCGGGCACCAGCCCGCGGGCGCCGGUGAGGACGGCAGAGCUGUGGAUGGUGUUCCCGUGAUUGAUGUGGCCGCCGCUUUGAGGAAAUGCACGUCGUUUGGCGACUUUUGCGCAAGGACGGGUCGCGCGCGGACGCCCCAGGCCCCGGGUUGUGUCUGGACUCGCAGAGGCUAAAAGAAUGUUUGAAGGUGAGAUGGCAAGUUUAACCGCCAUCCUGAAAACAGACACGGUGAAAGUGCCCAAACCCAUCAAGGUUCUUGCUGGCCCUGGCGGCGGCAGCAUGCUAGUGAUGGAGCAUGUGGACAUGCGGUCUCUGAGCGGUCAUGCUGCCAAGCUGGGAGCCCAGCUCGCGGCUCUGCACCUGGAUAAUAAGAAGCUGGGAGAGAUGCUGCAGAAGGAAGCUGGCACAGUGGGGAGAGGAGGUGGGCAGGUGGAACGGCCCUUCGUGGACCAGUUUGGGUUUGAUGUGGUGACAUGCUGUGGCUACCUCCCCCAGGUGAACGACUGGCAGAAGGACUGGGUCGCAUUCUAUGCCCAGCAGCGCAUUCAGCCCCAGAUGGACAUGGUGGAGAAGGGGUCUGGGGACAGGGAGGCCCUCGAGCUGUGGUCUGCUCUGCAGUUGAAGAUCCCUGACCUGUUCCGUGACCUGGACAUCGUCCCAGCCCUGCUCCACGGGGACCUCUGGGCAGGAAACGUCGCCGAGGACUCCGCCGGGCCGGUCAUUUUUGACCCGGCUUCUUUCUACGGCCACUCGGAGUACGAGCUGGCAAUCGCCGGCAUGUUCGGGGGCUUCGGCCGCUCCUUCUACUCUGCCUACCACAGCGAGAUCCCCCGAGCCCCUGGCUUCGAGAAGCGCCUGCAGCUGUACCAGCUCUUCCACUACCUGAACCACUGGAACCACUUCGGAUCCGGGUACAGAGGGUCCUCCCUUAGCAUCAUGCGGAGCCUCACCAAAUGAACUGGUGUCCUCGGGGGCCUCAGGCUCCCGGGCACCUCCACAUUCCUGUCCACCUGGGCGCCCUCAUUUCUUCACACGCCGGAGUCGCUUCAGACCAGUUCCCAAGCCUUGGAAAGUGCGUAGUGUCCCAGAAGAAAGGUAGUCUCAUCCUAAAGAUGGACGCUUUGUCCAACUUCAUAGCUGGAUAAAACUGCACUACACGCGUGACGUGAACACAGGGACCUGAGGUGGAGGGAAGUGGCCGGUGUACCAGGCUCCGCUGCUGAGGACACCUUUCCGCCAGCUCCUCCUGUCUCCCUCUGGAAUGACUGGGGUGCAGGGCGAUGCUUCCUGAAGGGCUGUGCUUGGGUCUAGACGUGAGGCCGUCCUACCACGAGCACCCUACAAUGACCAGUCCCAAAGUCGGGCACAUUCCUUUGCUCUCUGUCCCCUCUGGGCCAGCUGCAGGCUGAGCAGGUUUGGAGAUGCUUCUGGGAGUGACCCAACUGCCAGCCACAGGGUGUCCUCAGUACAUCUGGGAGCUGUUGACUUGCUCUUCUUAGCUCCCCAGCUUGUCUGCCGCGCCCUAAAGCUUGCUGACAGUCAUUCCUUCGCAUCAGAGAAAACCGGCGCUAAGCGGUGUUUUCUCUCCUCCAGUUGUGCAGUGAUGAGCAACAGUCCAGAGGCACUGAUGCCAGUAAAUCCUUUUCCAUAAACUUUCAGUAGUUUCAGUGAUGCAAGAGAGUGUUUCUCUCAUUUAAACUGUAAUUCACUGUUUUUCCCAGCUGUUUGCCAAGAAACCUUCGUAAUGUCUUAUGACAAUAAAUAGCUUCAACUGCUGUUUCUUAAAAGAGCAGUUGUUUUCCUGA